AUGGCAUCAUAAGUAGUACCUUUGUAAUCUCAAGAGAUUGAAUAUCUUCAAACCGAUCAAUCUGCGUUGUCUAGAGAAAUCGCUCUGAAAACUGGUCAACAAAUACCUAAGAAAAGAGCAACUGUUUAAUUAUUUAACGAAAAGGAUGAGGAAGUAAAUUCAAUAGUCGAUUUAACUAUAAUAAUGAUUGGAAUCAUGAGUGGGAGUUUUACCUUUGGAUAUGCGAUUACUUAUUUGACUCCUUCAUUUGAUACAGUUUUUGAUCAGAUAGAUUUGAAAGGUACUAAGAACGAAGAGUAAGGCCUGUUCAGUGCAAUUUUACCCAUAGGAUGUAUAGUAGGCGCGGUUUCUUCGCACUUUCUAAUGUAGGUUUUGACUAGGAAUUAGACCCUCUUAGUAGCAGAUAUUUGUGGAAUGUUAAGUAUUUUAUCUUUGGUUCCGAUAAGAGAAAUGAUAUUAGCCUUCAGAUUUAUGUAUGGAGUCUGUAAUGGGAUUUCAUGUAUUGUCAUGCCAAUAUACAUAAAGGAGUUGUGUCCUUAAAAAUAUUAUGAACGAUUUUCUGUUAUGGCAGGCUUUUUGAUUGGAAUAGGAGUUUUGAUGGCUUAUAUAAUGGGAUUGGGAUAUUUGAAUUCAGACUUGAGAGGACCAAACACCUAUUGGUGGUAGCUUAUGUUUGCUUUACCUCCUGCAGUGUUCUUCUUUAGAUAAUUAAUUGUAACUGUUAUUUACUAGAUGGACAGUCCAAUCUCAUUACUUGAGAAAGGAUUGCAAAUAUAAGCCAAAAAUGUAGUGGAGAAACUAUAUACAAAACAAUCAGUAGAAUAGGCAUUUUUGAAGGCUCAGGUGAGAGUUCAAUAUAACGAAGAACAUAAAGAAGGGUUAGCCAGCAUAUUUUCAGAGAAACAUCGUACAACAGUGGCAAUUGGAUGUAUGCUAAUGUUUAUAUAUACAUGGUGCGGAAUAUUUGCUGUGUUUUCUUAUAGUUAAUAAUUUUUUGCAUCGAUGGUAGAAGAUGAUUUGACCAUGAAUACAAUUUUCUCGUUGAUUCUGGGGAUUUCAUAGUAGUUGCCAGCGUAUGUAUCUAAAUUCUUUUAUGGAAAAUGGGGUAAGAGGACUUUGUUGAUUUUUGGUCUUAUUUUUAUCAUCUGUUGCCAAAUAAUUGUGAUUGGAUUAAGCUAUUCUGAGGAUAAGGCUGCUGUGAUCAUUAAGUUUGUAGUUCUAUGCUUAUUUGCAUUUGUUUAUGCUUUGACUAUCUCUCCCAUUUGCUGGUCAAUGACACCAGAGAUUAACUCAUCAGAAGGAACCUAUUUUUGUAUAAUUUCGGUGUUCGUAUGGUAAUUGUUCAUGCUUUAUGUGUUUCCAUUUAUGUUGGAGGGAAUGUCCAUGACAGGAUCUUUUAUCUUAUUUACCAUUCUGACCUUCUUAUGUUUGAUAUUUAGUUAUUUUUUCGUAAAAGAAACCAAGGGUCUUAAUCAUAGAGAGAUAGAUGUAUUAUAUGGUAAAGGAGAAUGA